AUGAUUUCAGUCGUUGUCAUUCGAUACAGGGUGACUAACGUGUGUGUACGUCGUACGCCUUGCACCCACAUACUAUUAUUAUCGUUGUUAUUAUUGUUAUACAAUAUAAUAGCAUCGUUCAUAACCAUAUAUUUAACGACCAUGGGUACUUACCUCGACAAUCCGAUAACCGAAAAAGUCUCUGAAGACAUGGAAGACGACACGUUGGUGUGUGGCGUCAGUUCCAUGCAGGGUUGGCGUAUCAGACAAGAAGAUGCUCACUUCUGUCUACUUGACUUCGACAAGAAUAUGUCGCUUUUUGGUGUGUUUGACGGACACGGUGGUGCUGAGGUAGCUCGGUUGGCGGUUGAAGUGUUGCCUGACAUGAUAAGAAACCAACCUUUUAACAUCGGUGAUUAUGAAAAUGCUCUGAAAAACGCAUACUUGGACUUUGACCUAUAUUUGCGCUCCAAGACUGCUUUGAAUAGAAUGAAAAUUCUUGCAGCACAAGAUGAUCUAGCGAAUGUAGAUGAUGCCAAUGUAGACGACAAAAAGGAUAACAAGAACAGCAAUGCCGUCAAGGAAGAUAUAAACAAAAUGUAUGGCUUUUACAGUGGUUGCACUGCAGUCGUUGCGUUAAUAGUGGACAAGAAAAAGCUUUUUGUGGCUAACAUCGGAGACUCCAGGUGUGUCGUUGCUGUUCACGGUACUAAAGCCAUUGAUAUGUCAAAAGACCAUAAACCUAGAGACGAACCAGAGUUAUUAAGAAUUCGCGCCGCUGGAGCAAGAGUCACGUACGACGGACGAAUCAAUCGUGAUCUUAAUUUGUCUCGAGCUUUUGGUGAUCACAUGUAUAAGCAGAAUAAUUUGCUUCGGGAAACAGAACAAGUUGUCAUCGCUCUGCCCGACGUACAGGCCAGAAUAUUAAACGCAGAAUACGGUGAUUUUAUCGUAUUGGGAUGUGAUGGCAUAUGGGAUUCAUUAAGUAGUCAAGCUACUGUAGACUUGAUAUCAAAUCACAUCCACGAACCCGAUAUAAAACUAUCGGAAAUUUGCGAAAAAGCUAUUAAUAUUACAAUUGAUCGUUCGUUUCAGUUACUCGGCAAAUGUUUCUCGGCUGAACGUCGUUCAAAAGGUGUCGAUAACAUGACAUGCAUUAUCGUUAAAUUUAAACCUAAACAACGUCAGUUGGAUCAGUCGGAUCAAAAGGAUGGUGAUCAUAUCGCUUGCAAACUUAAAGUGCUCGGAUUGCAUUGAAUCAACAACAAUUAUUACGGUUAUUAAUUGGCUAUUGACUGCUGCUUAUAUUAUAAUAUUUUUAUUUUAUAUCCAUACCAAAGUGAAUUAUAUAACGAUUUGACGUAUUUUAUGUAUUUUAGUAUAUAAUAUUUUUAUUUUUAUUUUAUACACAAACUCAAAUGAAUUAUCUAACGGUUUUGCGUAGGUAUUGUAUUUUAAUAUUCGAUUGAAAAAUAUCAGCAUCUACACAAUGUCUUAAUAUUAUAUUAACAGUGCAAUCCUGAAUUUAGUUUUAAAUCUAUGGAUCAUCAUUUAGAUAUUUUUUAUACAUUAGUUAUGGGAAAAUCAGGUUUUGGGAUGGUUUGGUACUUAUUGUAGUAUUUAAUUUUUUCUUAAUUAAAAACCCUUUGAAAAGAAAUCAGAUUUUUGUUUUGUAUAUAUACACCUAUUCUAUAUGUAAUUAACAAUUAGUUUAUAAGUUUAAUUUAAA